AUGCCCAACAGCAGCUCCAUCACUGAGUUCCUCCUCCUGCUAUUCACAGACACACGGGAGCUGCAGCUCCUGCACUUUGCGCUCUUCCUGGGCAUCUACCUGGCUGCCCUCCUGGGCAACGGCCUCAUUGUCACAGCCAUAGCCUGCGACCACCGCCUCCACACCCCCAUGUACUUCUUCCUGCUCAAUCUUGCCCUCCUUGACCUAGGCUCCAUCUCCACCACUCUUCCCAAAGCCAUGACCAAUUCCCUCUGGAACACCAGGGCCAUUUCCUAUGCAGGAUGUGUUGCCCAGGACUUUUUGUUUGUCUUCUUGUUUUCAGCAGAAUAUUCUCUUCUCACUGUCAUGUCCUAUGAUCGCUACGUUGCCAUCUGCAAACCCCUGCACUACGGGACCGUCCUGGACAGCGGAGCUUGUGCCAAGAUGGCAGCAGCUGCGUGGGGCAGUGGGGUUCUCAAUGCUCUGCUGCAAACUGCUAACACAUUUACAUUGCUAUUCUGCAGAGGCAAUGCUGUGGACCAGUUCUUCUGUGAAAUCCCCCAGAUCCUCAAGCUCUCCUGCUCACACUCCUACCUCAGGGAAGUUGGGCUUGUCAUAGUUAGUGCGUGCUUUGCUUUUGGAUGUUUAGUUUUCAUUAUGCUCUCCUAUGUACAGAUCAUCAGGGUUGUGCUGAGGAUGCCCUCUGAGCAGGGCCGGCACAAAGCCUUUUCCACGUGCCUCCCUCACCUGGCUGUGGUCUGCCUGUUUGUUAGCACUGGAGCUUUUUCUUACCUGAAGCCCCCCUCCAUCUCCUUCCCAUCCCUGGACCUGGUGGUAGCAGUUCUGUAUUCGGUGGUGCCUCCCGUACUGAACCCCCUCGUCUACAGCAUGAGGAACGAGGAACUCAUGAAUUCUGUGAAGAAAGUGUUAGACAAUCCAACUGGAGGAGAAGCAUUACUUGACCUAGUGCUCACCAACAUGGAAGAGCUCAUUAAAGAGGUCAAGAUUGGAGGCAGGCUCUACUGCAGUGACCAUGCCCUGGCUGAGCUUGUGAUCUCUAGGAAUACAGCCUGGCAAAGGGCAAGCCAGAAGGCAAACGGCAUCCUGGCCUGCAUCAACGGAGUAGUAGCCAGCAGGUUGACGGAGGUGAUUGUCCCCCUCUGCUCUGCCCAGGUGAGGCCCAGCGUGGAGUAUUGUCUCCAGGUCUGCAGCUCCCAGCACAAGAAGGGUUUGGAUCUGUUAGAAUAG